UGGCAACUUUGAAUAUUCCAAAUAUGGGAGUGAGUUCAGAAAGCCCAGGGCGCCUGUCAGACCUCUGUAUGCAAACACACUAGGUAGAAAGGCAAAGAAACAUAUGGAGAGACUUUGAGACUACAGUAAAGCAGGUUCAUUGUUCAGCUUUGUUUGUGUUGUGCUCUGAAAUGAUGUGGCAUGUGCACUUUGAAACUAUGACAGGACACAGCACAGUCAACAGCGCAUAUGGAAAACAUCUCAAAUAGACACCUUUUACUUUAAGUUUAUCCGGCGCUGUGUCUCAUGAUGGAGCCCAGAGGGCAAGGCUGGCAUACGCCAGGCUAUCAGUACCAGUCUAGUAACAGAGACGACCACUACAGAUCCUCCCACCAAACACCGUAUUACUACCCACCUACAGACCCGAGAGGGAGAGAAAGACAGUGGCCCCAUGUGGAUCCUCACUAUGGAAGCUACAUGGCCAGUCCUCCUCCUAAACCAGAGUAUAUUCCUGGAUAUAGUAGUGCUUAUGCAUCAAACCAGCCAUUACACUUCAGACCUCACUCCAGGCAGGAAUAUGACUACCCCGCGUCCAGCUACUGGCCCUACAGAGACGACUACGGCUAUUAUGAUUAUCAUGGUUAUCACAGAUCACAAUACAGCUCCCCAGAUGGUGGUGGCUGGAGAACAGAGGGGUAUCAGGGCAGAGGACUGCAGCAGGAGUCAGCAAGCGCUUCAUACUUCGAUCAGCAGGGCUAUAGCCAUAGAACAGACAGUCAUUAUGACCAUGGUGUCUCAGAGAGACAGCACAGAGAAAGUAUGGAAAAUGGAGAUGGAACCGGAGAGGUGUAUGAUAGUGGAGCUCUUGCCAACUCUAAAGCUUCAGGUCUGUCCUCGAGCAGCUAUGAGCUCAGCCAGUACAUCAGUGGUGCUGAACUGAGUGAGCCUGAGCUCAUAUCUCACACAGAUGCUGUACCCAUGGAGGUGGCUCCACUGAAGUUCUGCAUCCCUCAUGUGGCAGUCAGCUUUGGGCCUUCAGGUCAGCUGGUAUGGGUCAGUCCAGCUCUUGCCUCUGAGGGAGAGCCUGCUCAAGUGGAACUCCACAGUCUGGAGGUCAUUCUCUGUGACACACAUGAACAGCAGGAUAUGAGAGAUUUCCCUGGACCACUGGCUAGGGAGGAUUUGCAUAAGGUGGAUGCCAUUAAUUUUGCCCUCCAAAUGUCAGAGAAAUGUCUGAAGGAUGAGAAAUUAGAAGAUGCCACUUCUGCUGCCCUCUUGUGGCAUCUACUAAUCUUGCUGUGCAGACAGAAUGGAAGAAUCAUGGGUUCAGAUGUUGCAGAACUGUUGAUGAGGGACUCCAGUUCUUUGGGUGCGUGUGGGGUCUCUGGUGAUGAAGAUGGAGAAACUCUCAUUGAUCUGAGUGAAACACCCACAUCAGAAAAAGGGACCCUCAACUUUGCCGACCUCCUGACUGGAUAUCCUCCAACUGACAAAGAGGCUGCAGAGCAAAACCUUCAGAGAUACACAAAACUAUUGCUGUCUGGCAGAAAGAAGGUUAAUGCUUUUAUUGAAAUGUAUUCCUGGAGUAGUGAGAAGUGGGGAGACUGGCGACCACACUUGGCUGUUUUGCUGUCCAAUGAGACAGGAGACCCCUUUAUACAUCACAGGUCCAUCAUCACCAUGGGUGAUACCCUAGCCUCAAGGGAUAUGCUGUAUGCCUCCCAGAUCUGCUACCUCACCGCUCAAUGUCCCUUUGGCUGGUACACAAACAGAUCAGAACGCCUUGUGCUUCUGGGCAGCAAGCAAAGUGUUCUGUUUUCCAAGUUCUGUCACAACUCUGCCAUUCGCUGUACUGAACUCUUUGAGUACUGCCAGAGGCUUGGAAAUGCUGAAUUUAUCGUUCCUGCUUUUCAGGUGUAUAAAUUCCUAUAUGCAUGCCGGUUGUUGGACUGUGGUCUGGCUUCUCAGGCUUUCCACUACUGUGAGGUGGUGGCAAAAGCUCUGCUCAAGAUAGAGGAACCCCAUGUGGUGUUGCAGGGAGAGCUUAUUAAAUUGGUGGACAGACUGAAGUUCUCCGAGGCACAGCUCAGUGACACAGGUCAGCCUUUCCUGGAUCCCGACUGGCUGGUGCAGAUUCGCUGCAGACGCCAGGCCAUGCUGGAGGGGAGCUACUGUAAUGAAACAUAUCAGUCACCAGUUGGGGAGACUACUUGGAGUCAUGAGGAGAGCAACGCGUGUUCAGAUUUUACAGAAGGCUUCCAGACAGAUGCCGUUAACCACACUAGCACUGAAAACGAAACCUCAAACCCACCUCAAUCCAUGAUACCUAACACUGAUGCCGGGUUUCAGGAGUCUUACUCUACAGUGAGCCACUCUUACUCUUCUGAAGAACAGGCUCCUAAGACCGUGGCCCCAGUGCCACUGUACCCGACCCAGCAGCCAAUGACGCUGCACCCAGUCUUCCCUAUGGAAAUGUCUGGGCCUCCACAAGUUUCAAUGGACCAAAGCCACUCUAAUCUUGAUAGCAGCAGUAAAAAUGAUAACUUUUACACUGCUGCUUCUACUUUUCCUACAAGAAGCUACAAUGAUACAGAUGGUGACUUUUCUGCUGGUGCAAUAAUGGGUGCUGCUGAAAACGACGCUAUGGUUGGUAGUGUUAAUCAGUCCGGGACAAUUCCUUAUCAGGACAACCAGAGAGAGUCCAGCACACAAUCAGCAAAGCCCUCUAAGCCUGGAUGGUUCAGUGGCUGGUUCAAGUCUAAGCCUAAAGAAGACCCAAAAGAACAAAUCCCAGAACCCAAACCCACCACUAGGGAAUCAACAGCCAACUUUCCUUUCCCUUCUCCUCCUCCACUCAUCCCAAAGGCAUCACAGCCCCAACUCAGUGGGAUCAAUCCUUUUUCUAGGAGCGCUGGACAAAAAUUGUCUGGGACAAUGAGUCAGAAUCAAGGGUCCAUUUCACAGGGUCCCUAAUGAAGGUUCGUAAUUGAGGAAUAAUCACCAAAUGAGGAACUCGGGGAUGGACUUUCAGCCUCGUGACUAGUGUUCACGUGACCAAGUGAUUCCUUAGGCACACCCCUUCAGUUCCAGUAGAGGAGGUCAGAGGGGCCUGUGUAUCUUUAUAUACAGUAACACCUGUGGUUACAGAAAUACACUGAGGACAUAGAGUUCUUGAAAUAAUCUGUUAAGGGUUUGGUGCCCAGUCUUCUUUGAAUGAAGACACUGAACAGCUGAGGCACAGCUCCCCGUGCUGACUCUAGGGAUUUGUGUCAUUCCCUUUGGGAACGGGGACAUGAUGGAAAUGGGUGCUGAGCAAAGGUGCUGUGACCUAUGGAAACAUGAACUUAAGACAUCUCCUCAGCUGGCAAUGUCAGUAAAUUGUAUAACAUGUAACACUUCCAUCCCUCAUCCCACCUCCCCACAUGCAAAAUGAUUUUAAUAAUUUAAGUGGCUUUCACAAUUCAAAUGUUUAAGAUAUGGCGCCGGAGAGUAGUGAAAAUGUGGGAAAUGUUGUAAUUGUACAGGUGGUCCCUUUGGGUCACAGCCUUGAUUUAUUCCAGAGGAAGAGAUA